GUUCAAAGUCAAACUUUGUUUUGAUAAUAUUCUUACAUUUGAAAUUUAUAAUAUAAAAAUCUUUAACCUUCUAUUCAUUUUUACUUUCCUAUUUAUUAUAAUUAAGUAAAAAUGAGUCGUCGUAAACGUACUAAGGUUGAAAACCGCGAAUUAGAUGAAAAGUUGAAGCAAGAUGAUUCUGAAUCUGAUCAAUCUGAAAAGAGUAAGAUUACGUCUUCGAGUCCCAAACCAGUUGUUGGGCGCCGAGAAUCGUCUUCCAGUCGCACAACUGAUUCCAAAAAAGACGAUAAACCUAUAAUAAUCGAGGAAACUAAAAGUGAAGACAUUGAAGAAAUAAACUAUAAAGAGAUGCUAAACAGCUUGGAAGGAGCUGCGUUUCAAUCUAGACUCCCAUUUGACAAAAUGUCGUCCCUGGAAGCCGAGUGUUUCUCUGAUUUACAUGGGCCUUCCAGUCAUACAUUUGUACAAAUCAGAAAUCGUGUGCUAAAACUUUGGUUUGAGGAUCCCAAGAAACAACUUACUCUGGAACAAGCGGUGCAAAAAAUGGAACCACCUUACAAUGGCGAUCCAGCUUUGGUUAUAAGAUGUCAUGCAUUUUUAGAAAGACACGGCUUUAUAAACUAUGGCAUUUACGAAAGAGUAACUCCAAUUCCUACUCCGCCUAAAGGAAAACAUAGGCCAAAAGUUAUCAUUAUUGGUGCAGGUGUGUCGGGGCUAGCAGCUGCUCGUCAACUUCAGUCCUUUGGUUGUGACGUUGUAAUUUUGGAAGGCAGGGAUAGAGUUGGUGGUAGAGUUGUGACUUAUAGAAAAGGCCCUUAUGUCGCUGAUUUAGGUGCUAUGGUAGUAACAGGCUUGGGAGGCAAUCCUGUUACCACUUUGUCUGUCCAGAUGAAUAUGGAAUUGCAUAAGAUUAAACAAAAGUGUCCUUUGUAUGAAGCAACUGGAAAUCAAGUGCCUAAACAUAAAGAUGAAAUGGUGGAACGUGAAUUUAACCGUUUGUUGGAUGCCACGUCCUACUUGUCCCAUCAAGUCGACUUCAACUAUUACAAUGACACACCAGUCUCUCUCGGUCAAGCUCUUGAAUGGGUUAUAAAACUACAACAAAAAAACGUUAAACAUAAGCAGAUUCAACAAUUAAAAGCAGUGAUAACUUUACAAGAGAAAAUGAAAAAUAAUAUAAAUAAAAUGUCCGAUGCGAAAGAAUUAUUAAGGUCAAUGAAAGUAGAGAAGGACGCAUUACUCGCUGAGAAAGAAAAGGGUGCGACAGGAGACGCUAGUAUCUUGCAAGAGUUUAAUUUACGUCGACUUAACAGGGAAAUGACUCAACUGUGCAACGAAUACGAAGCUAUGGCAACACAGAACGCAACCAUUGAGGAUAAAUUAACACAGCUCGAAGCAAAUCCACCUAGUUCCGUUUACCUGUCGGUGCGUGACAGGCAGAUACUGGACUGGCAUUUCGCUAAUUUGGAGUUCGCGAACGCAACACCACUAGGAAACCUCUCUCUCAAGCACUGGGACCAAGACGACGACUUCGAGUUCACUGGGAACCACUUGACAGUUCGAAACGGCUAUUCGUGCGUUCCAGUGGCUUUAUCCGAGGGCUUGGACAUAAGGCUGGGGACGUCGGUCACCGAGAUAUCGUACGGUGGUUCCUCUGUCACAGUGAAGGCUGUCAACCCACGUGUCCCGACCCAGCCGCAGACGAUUAAGGGCGACGUGGUACUUUGCACUCUACCUUUGGGAGUGCUCAAAGUGGCGGUCGCUAACAACGGCCAGAAUCAGCAGAACUAUGUCAAGUUCGAUCCGCCGCUACCGGAUUGGAAAGUGGCUGCAAUUAAACGUCUUGGCUAUGGAAACCUAAAUAAGGUUGUGUUGUGUUUCGAAAGAACCUUCUGGGACCCGAGCGCAAACCUCUUUGGACACGUCGGCACGACUACGGCUAGCAGAGGUGAGCUGUUCCUGUUCUGGAAUUUAUAUAGUGCGCCGGUACUUCUUGCGUUAGUGGCGGGCGAAGCUGCGGCUGUGAUGGAGAACGUUACUGAUGACGUUAUCGUCGGCCGAUGCAUCGCAGUUCUCAAGAGUAUCUUUGGGCAUGCAGCUGUACCACAGCCCAAGGAGUGUGUGGUCACAAGAUGGCGUGCAGACCCUUUUGCUCGUGGUUCCUAUAGCUUCGUGGCUGUCGGUUCCUCUGGAACUGAUUAUGAUCUACUCGCAGCACCAGUUCCAGAUUCAAUGGGUGAUAAUAGAUUAUUCUUUGCUGGUGAACAUACAAUGCGUAACUAUCCGGCAACUGUUCACGGUGCUUUUCUGUCUGGUCUCCGUGAAGCUGGACGGCUCGCUGAUCUUCUAAUACCUCAGCCUCCAAUAACGAAUGCAACCGUUGCAGCCGCUACAGCUAAUCAUGCCUGAUUGCCACCAAAGAGGAUGGCACGUAAGAAUCAUAAAUAAUUAGACUAACUUACCUUAAGUUACGUUCUGACAUCAUUAUGCGCUGCGUCCUCGACAUUAAUAGAUAAAUAAAGACUUCUUACAAUUUAUUUUAUGAGUGAUAAUGUACUUUUUUAAAUGUUUGUGCAAGCGAAUUAUACAUAUGUGCUAUGGUUGUAGUGUAUCAGUGCUUGAAAUACUAAAGGGAUUUUAACAGGUGGAGGAGAGUAUAGCAAGUAAGAGGUAGAAUUAAGACAGUAGAAAAAUACUACAUUACACAAGAUUGUACUAGUAUUUUUACGGCUUAAAUUUUCUUAAUAGUGUAAGCUUGCAGUAUUUUUAUAUUUUAAUUUUUCGAUGUAAACCAAAUCGAUAAUUAUAAUUGAUUUUAAUGUUUAGAGAUUGGUGAAGCUUAUCACUUAGUAUGUAGUUUUAUUUGAUAAAUUAUAAUCUCUCCGUACUCUUUUUUUGUUUUGUUUUAAUAAUAAACCACUUUUCUUAUGCCGUAGUUCAUUCAAAUUUGAUGAUACAAAUAGCAAGAGAACAUUUUUUUCUUUAAAUGAAACUUAAUUUAUAUCUAUAGUCGUAGUCUUAGAAACUUAUGAUUCUAUCGAGACCGUAUUGAAUCGAAAUUUUAUAUUGAAUAUUUUUUUUAUUUUAUUUUUUUUUAUUUCGAUUAGUAAGAAUAAAAUAUCGUAAAUUAAAGUUUAUGUUUAAUAAUGGCAGUCGACUUAAUAAAUUUAAUAAAAUAUUUUAUUGAGACGUCCGUAAAGAUUAAAUAAAUUCUUUAUAUACACUAGAUAUUUAAUAAGUAAGGUAUUUAUUUGAAGUUAAAUUGUCAGUAGAAUUUUUAAGCAAUACUGUUUCAACUCAUUGAGAAGAAUAAGGUUUUUUUUUAGUUGUUAAACUUGUAGAUGUCCAUGAAUUUGUACAGAUUAAAAAGAAAAUGAUUGUAAUUAUUCGUACAAUGUUGCCGAAAAACAAAUUUUAUCGUCCGUUAACAUUGUAGAAUACAAAUUUAAAUUAAAAAAGAGACAAAUAAGGCUCCUAAAAGUUUAAGCUGUUCGCUAGUUAACAGCGAUGUUUUAAUUAAUGUUAGUUUACUUUAUUAUUAUUAUUUAACGAACACUAGACAGCUGACGAAGGGAAGUUAACAUCAAAAUAUAUAUUCAAAUAUACAUAAGCUUUGAAAUUUAAUUUAAACGGAGUUCUAUUUUCAAAAUUCUAUCAUAUUUAAUUUUUUAACUACAGUCUUUUUAAUCUUUUUUUUUUUUAAAUAAUAUCCUGGGACAUUUUUCACACACCGCCAUCUGAUCCCAAAUUAAACUUCUACAAAGCUUGUGCUAUGGAAACUAGACAACUGAUAUACUACAUAUACUACUUUUCUUUUGUAAAUACAUACUUAUAUAGAUAAUUUCACCCAGACUCAGGACAAACAUACAUGUUCAUGCCCACAAAUGUCUGUCCUGGGUGGGAAUCGAACCUACAACCUCCGAAAGAAAGGCAAGUAUCUACCAUCCACGCCAACCAGCUCGUCGAAAGCUUUUCUUUUUCUUUUCGUCGAAAAUCUGUAAUAUUUGUUUUGUCUAUCUAUCGAAACAGAUGAAAGUGUUUGACUGUUAUUGACUCCACAGAUGAAAAUUAAAGAAAUUAUAGUUAUUGUCAAUUUUAAUUAAGGAUUUUUUGUAUUAAAUUAAUUUUUAGUUUUU